ACGCGAUGACGCCACAUCAACGUCACUUCUCCCCUUACUGGCUCGAUGGCGUCGAAACGACUUUGCUGUAGAAAACGCGGGGGUUAAUAAGCAAUCGCCGACAAUACUGUGCUUGUGCUAAUCCGUGACGUCGUAAGACUUUUUUCUAAACACGAACCUCAAGACAAUUCUGGAGAGGGGGAGCAUUUAAGAUAUAGUUAUGAUUCGAUGUUGUCACUCAUCGCCCAGUCUCCGACCAUAAACAGUAUGGGAGGUAGAACGCUAACGUUAUCCAUCGAUUGAACACAGUCCUAAUCUGGAUUGAGGAACAUUUCUUAGCUAGCUGUCAAACGCUACUUUCAUUAUCACGAGGUUAGACAUUUUCUUUCCGUGGCUCUUCGGCAAACACAGCAACCAAGAUCAAGUUCCAGCGGGGAGCCACUCAGAGACAGAAUGAAAUUCACGGAGCAUCUUUCAGCGCACAUCACUCCUGAGUGGAGAAAACAGUACAUCCAAUAUGAGGCGUUCAAGGAGAUGCUGUACUCUGCUCAGGACCAGGCCCCCUCCAUCGAAGUCACAGACGAGGACACAGUUAAGAGGUACUAUGCCAAGUUCGAGGAGAAGUUUUUCCAGACCUGUGAGAAGGAGCUGGCCAAGAUCAACACCUUCUACUCAGAGAAGCUGGCUGAGGCCCAGCGGCGCUUCGCCACGCUGCAGAACGAGCUGCAGUCGUCGCUGGACGCGCAGCGGGAGAGCCACGCCCAGGGCCUGCGGCGCAGGAAGACCGUGUUCACCCUGUCGCAGCAGGAACGCUGCAAGCACCGCAACAUCAAGGACCUGCAGCUGGCCUUCUCCGAGUUCUACCUCAGCCUCAUCCUGCUGCAGAACUACCAGAACCUAAACUUCACGGGCUUCCGGAAGAUUCUGAAGAAGCAUGACAAGAUCCUGGAGACUCCUCGCGGGGCGGACUGGCGUGUGGUCCACGUGGAGGUGGCGCCUUUCUACACCUGCAAGAAGAUCACCCAGAUCAUCUCUGAGACUGAGGCCCUGGUGACUACAGAGCUGGAGGGGGGAGACAGGCAGAAGGCCAUGAAGAGGCUAAGGGUGCCCCCUCUGGGAGCUGCACAGCCUGCCCCAGCGUGGACCACCUUCAGAGUGGGGCUGUACUGUGGAGUCUUCCUGGUCCUCAUAGUCACAGUGGUGAUCACUGGUGCCGUGGUGAUCAAGGACUCCAACGUGUGGCCCCUGAUCAGGAUCUACCGCGGCGGCUUCCUGCUGGUGGAGUUCCUCUUCCUGCUGGGCAUCAACACGUACGGCUGGCGGCAGGCAGGGGUCAACCAUGUCCUCAUCUUCGAGCUCAACCCCCGCAACAACCUCUCCCACCAGCACCUGUUUGAGAUCGCGGGGCUGCUGGGGGUGCUGUGGUGUGUCAGCAUCCUGUCCUGCCUGUUCAGCAGCUCCAUCCUGGUGCCCAUGCAGGCCAACCCCCUGGCCCUGUACGGCUUCUUCCUGGUCUUCCUGAUCAACCCCUUCAAGACCUGCUACUACAAGUCCCGCUUCUGGCUGCUCAAGCUGCUGUUCCGGGUGGUGACAGCUCCGUUCCACCGUGUAGAGUUUGCAGACUUCUGGUUGGCUGACCAGCUGAACUCUCUGGUGGUGCUGCUGAUGGACCUGGAGUAUCUGGUGUGCUUCUACAGCCUGGAGCUCAACUGGACCCAGCAGAACGGCCUGAUCAACAGCCCCGGUGGAGGUGUGUGUCACACCUACUCCUAUGGCGUGCGUGCGGUCAUCCAGUGUCUGCCCGCCUGGUUCCGCUUCGUCCAGUGUUUGAGGCGUUACCGUGACACCAAGCGGGCGUUUCCUCACCUGGUCAACGCCGGAAAAUACUCCACCACCUUCUUUGUGGUCACCUUCGCAGCUCUGUACAGCACUCACAAAGCACAAAAACACCCCGACACGCAGAUCUUCUUCUACAUGCUGAUUGGCUGUUCGGUGGUGAGCUCGUGCUACACGCUGGUGUGGGACCUGAAGAUGGACUGGGGUCUGCUGGACCGCGGAGCCGGAGAGAACACCUUCCUCAGGGAGGAGAUCGUCUACCCUCAGAAGGCGUACUACUACUGUGGCAUCCUGGAGGACGUGCUGUUGAGGUUUGCCUGGGCCGUGCCCCUGUCCCUCAGCUCUGUGAGCGAUGUUCCCUGGCUGGGGGACAUGCUGGCCACCCUGCUGGCCCCUCUGGAGGUGUUCAGGCGUUUCGUGUGGAACUUCUUCCGUCUUGAGAACGAGCACCUGAAUAACUGUGGAGAGUUCCGCGCGGUGCGGGACAUCUCGGUGGCUCCCCUGAACGCAGACGACCAGACGCUGCUGGAGCAGAUGAUGGACCAGGAGGACGGCGUCCGCAACCGCCAGGGCAAGAAGAGCUGGAAGCGCUCGUACAGCAUGUCGCUACGACGACCACGCCUCGCCUCGCAGUCUAAGACCCGGGACACCAAGGUUUUGAUCGAGGACACGGACGAUGACUCCUGACAUCAGGCCAGACCCAUCGCCUGGGUUCAGAAUCUCUUCAAAGGGCCGCGCCCCUCCUAGGGCCACGCCCCCACGCCUGUCAGCCUCUGAUAGGCUGACAGAUCCCUAAACCCUUGCCAGCUUGUCCAAUCAGUCCAUCACAGAGCUGCCUACAUGCACCUUACAUGCUUAGACACACACGCACAGCAACACACACACCAACACACACAGCAAACGCAGGGACGUGAACUGAUACGUAGAGGAACUGAGUUAGGGAAGAAUGGAGAGAGAACGUACUAUGCCACACACACACACACACACACACUUCAUUCCACACACUUGUUUUUUUUUACAUUGAACUUUCAAGCCACUUUCUUUAGUUUAGUGCGGACGAACUCAUGAAUCGGCAUUGUCGUGACAACGCUGCUCAUUCCGUGGGUCCGCUCGUCUUCGGGGGGGGGAGCGUUUGCCCCUCUGAGACGUGUAAAUAGCAGAAACAAAUAAACAAGCAGCAGUUUGGUUUCAACAGGCAGAGCAGAAGUCAGACUGGUGGAAGAGGACUGUCGGCCUGUCUGUCUUUCUGACCGAACUGUCUCUUCUGAUGAUGAUGAAGAGAAAGGUGUUGUUCCCCUGCUCCCUGUGAUCGAGCUGGGAGAGGAAAACCUUCCUGAAUGUACAUGUUAUUUAUAACGGAGAGAGAGAUGACAAACAGAUUCAAGGGUGAAAUUCUUUUUUAUUUUUUCCCCCACUUCUGAAACGGUUGCUCUGUGUGCCAGCCAACGCUCCGAGGAGCUGACCUAGGAUCUGCUGUACCCAGGAAGUCUGCACCCCAUCCUCACGCCCUCCUACUUCCACAGCAGAUCCUAGAUCAGCUCUUCGGAGCUCCUCUUCCCUGGAAUAUGAUUUUCACAAACCCUCAGGAGGCUCUGAUUGGACGGUUCCCUCAAGACUUCCCCUUUCUCCUCCCCCUUCUGCGCUUUAAACCGAAACGGUUAUCCGUUCUGCGUGUUCAUGCCAAACUUUUUUAUUUUAUUUUGGGUUUUAAAUGCGUUCGCUUGAAGACGUUCCUUCCUAAGCCAUAACGGGUUAGAGCUGACUGACUUCUGUUUUUAUUUUUAUUCUUACUAUUAUUAUUUGCUCUUCUUAGAGCUUGCCAGAUCUGUUCAACAUUUGAGAGGUUGGAGGUCAGCCGUGUAGAGACAUCAAGGAGGUUAAGAAGUGAGCAAUAUGAUAAAAGAUAAUCAUUUAUAUAUUGUAUAUUCGUUUUUUGUGUGUGCAGAACUAUGUUUAAAUUUAAUUACCUGUCCCGGCUCUCCUCUUUGCCACACCAGCCAAUGCCUAUGAGGCUGAUGCUGUGCCCUGUGACAGGAUUGGCCUCUUCGCCUGUCAAUCAUCUUGACAUCCUAUACAUUCUAAUAAUGAAUUCCUGGGCCAGCUUAGUGCCCUAUUUUUAAGGUGGAACAUUUGGAUGAAAGGUUUAGACGGCAAAAAAAUCCUGUUAGCAAAUUCCUAAAAGCUCAAAUAACCACAGAGUCCUAUGUGACAGAAACAGACAACAUUCCAUGUAAAUCUAUUCAUUUGAUAUUUUAUUUUUAAAAUCUAUUUCUCCUGCAUGAGUGUGACGGUAAUCUUGACUCAGGCAGGGUACUUCUGAAUGUAGCGCUCUGCUUAGCGCUCUGCUUAGCGCUCUGUACCGCGCCCGUUCCGCGACAUCGAGCCUUGCUUUUUUUCCCACGUCUCAUCUGUGGGGGUCGUGAUAUCUUUCUCUGCAUUUCGUCAUUAUAAAGAAGGCCAAAACUCUGGGUUUACUCUGACUGGAGUAUGCAGUAUCCCUCUCUCCUCCUCCCUCCCUCCCCCCAUGUCUCCUCCUCCCCUUAUGUCUCCUCCCUCCCCCAUGUCUUCCCUUCCUUCACCGUCCAUUAUCAGUGCCACCUGAGGGUCACCCCCCCACACACACACCCCCCUUCUAUAAGCAGCAUGUACCUAGAUAGGGCUGGAUAACCCUGACCUCUGACCCCUGACCUCUGAGCCCUCAUGCUCACAAGGGUAAAACCACCUGAUUCCCUCUUCUUUGAAAGCGGAUGCAAAAGCAGUAGGAGGAACAUUGUGUGUGUGUGUGUGUGUGUGGGAUUGUGGGAAGCCUGACUAAACUUCAGUGUUGGUGAGGGGGGCUGGGGCGGCAGUUGUUUGACAGUCUUAAUAAUGUUCUAGAGAACCAGGACUCCUCCAGGCUUCCUCGGACUGGAACUGCAGCUCUCUAUCCAUGGCAGAACUAUGAACUGUGUGUCUGGAGGGGCAUUAGCCACGCCCAGCUGUGUUCGAGGCCCAGAGCCUUGAACAGAGAUGUGUGUGUGUGUGUGGGGGGGGGGGGGGUUCUCAGCAAUAAGACCGUAGCCAUGCUUGUUGUAGUUCACUAACUGUACUGAUGCCCAGCCAUGGUAGCCUGUGUUAACCGACUGUGGAGCAGGACUGCAGGUUGUGCAAGAUACAGUCCUCGUGUGUGUGUGUGUGUGUGCGAGUGUGUUCUAACACGUCAACGGGUGUGGGGUAAGUCUUCAUUGACUUUCAAACAACAAGUACAUACAGGAAGUUGCUUUUUUUAAAUUCUGAAGUGACCAUGGCUCUUCAUCCGCUUAGACUGAAGCAUACCUGAAUUGGAAAUCGACGAGAGAUGACGAUGGCAGAUAAUCAAAACGUGCCUCGUAACCUCGGAGACGAAGCCGUGAGAACGUUGUUUGUAACUUACCCCCCCUCUGCCAGGCCCUUCGCCCCCCCCCCAACAUGCCCGUAACAUGCCUGUAACAUAUGUAACAUGUACUGUAUGUGGUGAUGCCCGCCUGUUGUAGCGAUCAGGAACACAGGUCUCCACAGGUCUGGAGACAGGACUGUUCUGGGUCGUAAAGGACGAUGGGCACCGAGGAGGGUGGACUCCUGCCCUUGUUUGAUGCAUUCCUGUAUUAUUCCUUGAGUCUCCCUCUAAUUCUCUAACACACACACACACACACUGUAAAUAGACAUGCUUAUUCCACAUUCCACUUUCCCAUCCAUAUAAUGUGUGAAAGAUACAGGAAGGGAUCACAAAGAAACCCGCCCCCCGUCUCCAUUCAUUGGACUGUUGAGUCAAACCGAGCUGUCAGUCAAACAGGAUCCUCCAAUGGAUGUGGAAACUACUGUACCAAAAGCCUGGACCAAAACAAAGCUCAUUUGAAAUGUUACCAGAAGUUUAGCUUGUUUUACCUUCCCCAAAAAACGAUUGAAUACUUGGAUCAACGAUCUCCUAACUGAAGGACCCUGUCUGAACUUUGAACGCUAAACUCACGUCAAGAUGUGUGUUCCAUGUCCUACAGUUAGUGUGUUCCAUUUCCGGUUUGGGGACCGGAUGUUGGCCGUUAUGUGUGUGUAUGUGCGUACCAUUCUCCCCUGUAGCCCUGGGUUAAAGGUGGACCAGGUUCUCGAAGCUAUCUUUAUGUAGUGGCGUUUCUGUGCCACUAGAGGUGCUUUUCCUCAUCUGCCUGUUACACUGUUUUUGAGUAAAAGAGAAAAAAAAAAUCUUAAGGUCAAACAUA